GAAAUUACAGUGUUGGAAAUCUUCUACCAUUUUCUUUCUAAGCCCAACAUGUCCGGUGUCACCACUUUACAUAGCAAGUCAGCUUCUAACAUUCAGGCUGAUAUUGUACAUUUUCAACAGAUUUCUUUUGUUCCUAAUUUACCUCAGCUUCUUAAGAUAUUGCAUUCAUCUUAAAACACAACUUUCCCAGAAAAUGUUCUGAACUGGUUGAUGGAUACCCAAACAAGUUAGGUUGCAUUAAGAUUUCAAGUUAAAGUAAUUCAGCACAGCUUUUUCAUUAAUUUAAAGCAAAGUAGUAAGGAAAAAAGCAGCUGGCUAUUAAACUGAAACAAAGUGCUGAAUUUAAAACCAGCAUGUCUUUUUCUAGACACCAUCUGUCCAAUAAUUAUUUCCUGCAGAUACAGUUUUAAAGAAAAUAGCUGAUUUCUAAUUCCACAUGGCAUGACACAUAUUUUCAUAUCAUUCUCCACAAGAACAAAAUAUAGUUCAUUAAUGUGGGUGUAUUAUUUUCUUUGUAUUGCACUGUUAACCAAAUUUUAUAAUAAAAUAUAUUAUUUGACUGAAAUUUGGACAAUAUAACAAACUUCCAGAAAACUGCAAAACAAAUGAAAUAUUGAGUUCUAUAAAUCGAAACUAAAAACCCACCUGUUUUGAGUUGUUUUGAAUCAUAAUUAAUGAAACAGUGACCAAGAUGUUUGAUGUGUGUGAUUUUGGUGAUGGCCCUCAUCAAAAUGUAAUGUUUGUUCAGUUGUUUACUGUUCUGUGUUUUCUUUAUAACUUUGUAACAUCUGUUUUUAUUGUGUAUAGCACCUUGAACCACCUUGAUGCUGCAUGUGCUAUACAAAUAAACAUGAUUGACUGACUGAUAGGAGAACAUGACUAUCAGAGAUAGUAGCAAAGCAGAACAAGGAAUUUUUGCCUUUGCGUUUCAUUUUCUGGUAACAUAGUUGGCAUUUUGUCCCUCUUUGGAUGAUUAGAUUAACCCCAAGUUCCCAGCAGCACCUUGUUACCUGAAACAUGACCCGUAUUUACCCUGUAAUCCAGAGGUCAUACUGUGGCAGAGAGGGAAACAAUGAAACAUCAAAAGAACAAAGAGCCUCCGUUUUAGCUGAACCUGAAAAGAGACAUCAUUGUGUAAUCUCUUUGGCCAGAGUUGCUGACUGUAGAAAAUGCUUUUUUAACGGCCCCUCUCUCCUGUCCUGUUCCCAUCCCCUGACUCGUUCCCCCUCCUGUCCUUUUACAUAGUCAAUGAAUGACUGAUUGACUGGCUGGGCCUUCACCAUGAAAUACUCCUGCAGUCAGAAACUCAAAGAACCAGUACUGGGAGCACCAGGCCUACACAGAAACUUCCACACAUCAGCCACCAGUUGUUCCUUGUUGGUUCAGAGAAGCAGAGCGGGACUGAAAGAAGCAGAAUAUCUAGAUUUUGCGUAUCUCUGGAGUUUGGCUGAGACAUUAAACGCUGUAGCACUGCGAACAGAAGGAAACUGAGACUGAACUGAGGGACAAGGAGCACAAGGAGUCGCCGUAUGAUGAUUGAGAGUGACAGAGAGCUGUCGGCUAUAGUUCAGGAGAUUUGGGACAAUGACGUCAACCGACUCAAACCUGGAAAAGACUACAGGAUUUCUCUGCAGGGCAAAGCUGGAGACAGCAUGGGUGACAAUGAGAGCAACGACAGGGCAGGACUUCCUUUGUUUACAUUUGUUGAUGAGAAUAUUUUCAAAAAGGAGACAUUUUUAGCCUUUAUCUCCCUUUUGGAUAACUAUGAAAGUGACACCGGUGAGCCAGAGAUUGUAACUCCUGAGGAAGUGGCCGAGAACCACAGGUUCCUGGAUGCCAUCAUUCAGACUCGCGCUAUGAAGAUAGCUCAUAAACACCUGGUGGAGAAGCAGCUCUCUCCUCAAGAUGAUACAGAAUUCAAGGAGCAGCUCUACAGAAUCUGGUUUGAACUUUAUGCAAGAAAAGGAUCCAGCAGGCCAGACUCUUCAGGAUUUGAACAUGUGUUUGUUGGGGAGACAAGAGGAGGGCGGACUGUCAUUGGUUUUCACAACUGGAUCCAGCUGUACAUACAAGAAAAGCUGGGUCACAUUGAUUACAAAGGCUACAGUGUCACAGCAAAUUCUCCUCAGCCUGACGAGAACAAACACAUCCUGGCAUUACAGUUCAGUUGGAAGAAUGGCAUAAAGCCCAAGGGCAGCAUCUUCAUUGGCGUCAGUCCUGAGUUUGAGUUUGCCCUCUACACUCUCAGUUUCCUCACCUCACCAAAUGAGCGCGUCAAAGUGCAGUUCAGUUUCUAUGACGUAGAGAUUGUCUGUCACCAUUACAACCAAAAGCACAUCGGUACCACCUUCCCAGUGCUACUUAGGUACAGGAAUCCUCAAUAAGACUUGACUGGAAAGCAGUCCGAGGUAUAACCACUCCAACACAUGAGCUUACAAAGUGUCACAGGUACUGUUGCUGUCUUUUUCUUUUACACAAAGAUACAAUAAAAUGUUUCAAGACCCUUCCA